AUAAAUACUGUCGUCGGGAACGCCACUACACCAGUUAUCAGUUAUUUGUCCAACAGCACUCUACUCGUCAUUCGCCUAUAUAUUACCAACCACUCUCGACAGAAAAAUGAACACCAACACCAUGACUCUUGUUGCGCUGGUCGCCUGCUGCCUGGUCUCCAUGUCCGUCGCCGCCCCGUCUGGUUUGGUUCCUGUACCCAUAGCAGCAGCACCUGUUGUGGCCACCCCCGUCCACCCCCCAGUGGUCACCGCUUACAGUUCACAGUACGUGGCUAGAAAUUACAACGGAAUCGCCGUGGCGCCGGCCGUCGUCCCUUCCGCGGCCAUCGUCGCCUACCCUGCCGCAGCUCCCGCACCCGUCUACGCACCCGCUGGACUCGCCUACCCAGGACCCCUGGUUCAAGACUAUCUUUUCUAAUGACGACGACGACGACGACGACGACAACGACGACGAUGACCCUCACCCUUAUCAAAUGAAUUGUAAAUAAUAUUGCAUAAAAUAUACGAUGUCCGCAAAUAUUGUCUA